AUGACCCGGCCUUCGUAUCCCUUGAGCCUCCCUGCUGAAAACCCUCUGAUCACUUUAACUCAUCCGAAGAAAACACUGUGGAUCAUUGAACUACACAACGGUCAAGACGCACGCCUUACGCCAGAAUUGAUUGACGGAGGCUUGAAACCUGCUUUGGAUGCUGUUGAGCGGAGUUGGCGUGAUGGAUGGAGAAGGUUGCAACAGACCAAAGAUCAAGAUGGUGAUGCCCCAGGAGAUGAUGGGAAAGGAGCAUUGAUCAUUGUUGGAAGGAGAGAUCAGGACAAGUUCUUCAGUAAUGGGUUGGACUUGACGCGGGUAGUGAACAACCCCAACUUUUUCCCAAUAACCUACAACCCAUUACUUCAACGUAUCUUGACAUUCCCGAUACCCACAAUUGCUGCUAUAAACGGUCAUUGCUUUGCGGGAGGGUUUAUGCUAUCUUUAGCUUGUGACUACCGGGUGAUGGUAGAUGGAAGCAAACGAAGAGCAUGGCUAUGUAUGAACGAGAUCUCCUUCGGCUCAAACUGGCCGACAUCUUUUGGAAGGCUUCUUCGCUCCCGAUUUGGUAGCGGCCAACUACAACGAAAGAUUGCUCUUGAAGGGCACCGCUUCACUCCCCCGGAGGCACUGGAAGCGGGAAUGAUAGAUCAUAUCGUGGCAGGAGGUACGAAGGAAGUGUUGCAAAAGGCAGAGGAGGUUGCGGCUGAAUGGGAGGGGAAUGCUAGGGGUGGUGUCUGGGGUCUCAUAAAGGGAGAAAUCUACCGAGAUGUAUUGGAAGGUAUGAUGUUGGACGUGAGGACUCCGACACCGAUCAGCGACGACGCUGCGGCUAAGGCCAGGCUUUAA